AUGCAAGACUUUCCCAUCCUCUUUCCGUCUGUGUGUUUGGCCUUUUUCCUGAGUCAAGCCUCUGGGAUUCGAUCUGAGACCCUGCACAAUGAUUUUCUCCAGGAUGUUUUCGCUGUUUACGGCCAGAACCAGUUAUUAGAUAUUAACGGGAUUCACACUCUACUGGAAACCGUCUCUCAUGGAAAGCCGGUGGUGCUGGACACACUCAGUGCGCAUGCGCAGUGUGGAUCUGCAGAGGAAAUUCUUGCUAUCUACGGUCUCAGCAACCUGACACACCUGGACAAGGGGCACCUGAAGACCAUCUGUCCCGCCUUCCUAAACCGAGCAGUGCUGCCCCCCUGUCCUCGAUCAGCAACUGAGCCUAAAGUACACAUAGAGAACCGUGUAUGGGGUUUCGGUUUCCUGGCCGUGACCAUCAUCAACCUGGCUGCCUUCCUGGGUCUCCUCCUCAUCCCCUUCACCAAGAAACCCUACUUCCCUAAAGUGCUCACGUACUUCAUCGGGUUGGCCAUCGGGACGCUGUUCUCGAACGCUGUGCUGCAGCUCAUACCUGAGGCUCUGGGGUUUGACCCGAAAGCAGAUAACUACAUUGAGAAAGCUGUUGGGAUCUUCGGUGGAUUUUAUCUGCUUUUCUUCACUGAGAAGAUCAUGAAGAUGAUGCUAAGAAUGGACCAAGAGCUUGGCCACAGUCACUUCAGUCCUCCUGAGGUUUCUCAGCAGAACGGAGCAGCCGUCAUAGCCGUCACCAGCUUCAGCAUCUCAUCAAACAGCGACAAGGGCAGCACGGCUUCAGAAGCUACAGUCGAACAGACCCUGCCAUCUCAGGGUUGCUGUGUGAAGCUGGCGCGUGUGAAGACGCUGGCGUGGAUGAUCACACUCAGUGAUGCCCUUCACAACUUCAUCGAUGGCCUGGCCAUUGGAGUCUCCUUCACCGUCUCCAUCCUCACCGGCUUCAGCACCUCCAUCGCCAUUGUGUGUGAGGAGUUCCCUCAUGAGCUUGGUGACUUUGUGAUCCUACUGAACUCGGGGAUGAGCGUCAGACAGGCCGUGCUGUUUAACCUGCUCUCAGCCAUGUCGUGUUAUAUAGGCUUGGUGUUUGGGAUCCUGCUGGGCAGCUCGUUCGCACCCAAUGUCAUAUUUGCCCUCGCUGGAGGGAUGUUUCUCUACAUCGCCCUCGCUGACAUGUUCCCUGAGAUGAAUGCCAUCGCUAAGGACCAGAGAUGGAAUAGGAAGACAGAUACGGUUUUCUUCCUCAUCCAGAACGCUGGGCUCCUCACCGGGUUCACCAUCAUCCUCCUCAUCACCCUGUUCGCUGGAGAUAUUAACCUGGGCUGA